AUGCCCAAAAUGCCAACCGCCUCGCGCAAUCCUGCCACGCAAGCACCCACAAGGGCUCGAAAGCCAGAAGCCGAAGCAUCUGCCAAACGCGCCGUGCUAAACCUGCCGGCGACUGGCGCCAAGGCACAUGCCAUUCACCCGGCCGAUCAUGUUGACUACAUCAAGUUACUUAAAGCAGCGGAAGAUGACGAUCAGCAGCGCGCCGCUCGCCUAGAGGAGGGCCAUCAGCAGUUGUCGCGGAAAAAGCCUAGUUGUCCGCGAAAGUCCGCUAGCUUACGUCCGAGUGUCGCUAGUUGA